GUGACGCGAGAGCUGCCAAGGGCGCAGGGCGGAGGCGUUCCGGGACCUUUCCCCGCGGGCUCUAGGAAACAUACCGCACUCGGCCUUUGGCGGGCAGCCACAGACUGCUAGCCCAGAGGAGGGUUCGAGGGGUUCCCUCAUAAUUCUGCUACUGAAGGUAGUCAAAACGGUGACUUGCUUCUUUCAGCAAUCCCGAGCUGAGCUCCCGCAGAUGCCAGACCCUGAGCUUGGCACAGUGGGGGGUCUCUCAAGAUCUAAAGUAGCAUGGAUCUGCCCGUGGAUGAGUGGAAAUCAUACAUACUUCAGAAGUGGUCUUUGCUCCCCAAGUCCAUUCAGGUCACCAUUUCUACAGCAAAGACUUUGAACGAUCUCUUUCUUCACUCAUCUCUGCUUCUUCAACCUGAGGAUGAGAUGUUUUUAAAAAGGCUUUCUGGAGGUUACCUUGUUGGAAAGGACCCCGACGCUUCCCUUUUCUACAGAGAAAAAGGAAACAAAAAAUUUCAGGAGAAGGAUUAUAUGGGAGCCACUGUGCUGUACUCUAAGGGAGUAUCGCAUUCGGGGCCCAACUCUACAGACAUAUCACUGUGUUAUGCCAAUCGCUCUGCAGCCCUCUUCCACCUGGGUCAGUAUGAAACAUGCCUUAAAGACAUCGUCAGAGCGCAGACGCACGGGUAUCCAGAAAGAUUGCAACCCAAGCUGCUGUUGCGUAAGGCAGAGUGUCUGGUGACCCUGGGGAGACCACAGGAGGCAAGCCAGACCAUCAGUGAUCUUGAAAGUAACUUUGCUGCCAAGCCAACCCUCUCAGCUUCCCAAUUUCAGAUUCUGCAGAGAACCCUCUGUCGUGUGAAAGUGAAGGUACAAGAAAAGGAGAAUCUCCCAGAAGUCUUCCCAGAGGCUCUAACCAAAACCUUUGAGGGUGCGGACCUAAGAGAAGAGAAUGAACAAAUUCCCAGUGCCUCGUCUUCUGUCAGCUUACAUAUAGACCCUGUAAAAGGCCGCUAUCUGGUUGCCACAAAAGAUAUCCUCCCCGGAGAGCUUCUGGUGAAAGAGGAUGCUUUUGUGAGUGUCCUUAACCCAGGAGAAAUGCCACUGCGACGUCAUGGCCUGGAGAGCAAGUGGGACAUCCAAGUGACCAAUGGGGACCUUCACUGCCACCGAUGUCUGAGGCGCACUCUGGCCCCGGUUCCCUGUGAUGGCUGCAGCUAUGCCAAGUAUUGCAGCCAGGAGUGUAUGCAGCAGGCCUGGGAUCGCUACCAUGGUGUGGAGUGUUCUCUGGGGGCUCUGCUUCUCACACUGGGCGUGUUUUGUCAUGUUGCCCUGAGGUCGGCUCUCUUAGCUAGGUUUGAGGAUGUUGGCAAAGUCAUAAAGAAACUCUGUGGUGAGAUGAGUAACCAGGGCAUCUCCUUACCUGAAAGCAAGGAUCCAGCACAAAUACUCAAAUAUGACCUGAGAGGAGAGGGGGGAAAAAAGGAUAAAGCAGUUGAGACCCCAAUUCCUGGAUGUGAUAUUAAUGGGAAAUAUGAAAGGAAUUAUAAUGCCGUCUUCCACCUUUUACCCCAUACUGAAAACCAUAGCCCUGAGCACAAAUUCCUCUGUGCUCUAAGUGUUUCUGCACUGUGCAGGCAGCUCGAAGCAGCCGGUUUGCAGGCCUUCACAACAGAUCUGAAACCAACUAAGCUGAAAGCUGCAGAGACUCCUGUGUUGUGUGCAGAGCUGAAUGUUUGGGGAGUGGCCAUGCUGAGACACAUGUUACAGCUGCAGUGUAAUGCUCAGGCAAUAACGACCAUCCAGCACACAGGAUCUAAAGAGAACCUCAUUACCGACACCCAGCAGGUGCGCCUUGCCACAGCCCUCUUCCCUGUCGUCAGCCUCCUGAACCAUUCCUGCAGCCCCAACACCAGCGUGUCCUUCAUUGGCACCAUCGCCACCAUUCGGGCAUCACAGCUGAUUAGAAGAGGGCAGGAGAUCUUCCACUGCUACGUAUUGGCCAAGCGUGGUCUUUCUGCAGGACCGCACGAGAGCAGGAUGGGCGUAGCUGAGAGGCGCCAGAAGCUGAGGUCUCAGUAUUUCUUUGACUGCGACUGUCCACCUUGUGAACGUGAGAGGCAGAGACCCUCGGCGGGGCCUGGUCGGGAAGCCUUUCGUUGUCACCGUUGCAGAGCGCUCCUGCAGGGAGAUGAUGUUCUGAGCUGUGGCGGCCCAGCUUGUACGGAAUCAGUCAGCAGAGACCUCCUGGUCUCCCGGCUACAGGACCUUCAGCGGCAGGUGGGGGCGGCUCAGAAGCGUCUCAGAAACGGCAGACUAGAGCUCGCCAUUCAGCUGUUGCUGGGGUGUCAGAGUGAUGCCGAGAGCUUCCUGUCUGCGGACCACAGCGUGGUGGGAGAAAUUGAGGACACCUUGGCCCAGGCCUAUGCUGCCUUAGGGGACUGGGAGAAGUCAGCGACCCACCUUCAGGAGAGUCUCCGAGUAGUGGAGGUCCACCACGGGCCAUCCAGUGUGGAGAUGGGCCAUGAGCUCUUCAAACUGGCCCAAAUCUUCUUCAAUGGGUGUGCAAUACCCGAAGCUCUGAACACAAUACAGAAGGCAGAGAAGGUCCUGUUGGUACAUUAUGGCCCUUGGAAUGACGAGAUCCAGGAGCUACAAAAGAUGAAAUCCUGUUUAUUGGACUUGCUGCCCAUCCCUGGGGGACCUCAGGAAUAGGGUGGGGUGAGUUAAAGAGCGUCUGUUGCUGCUGAGCUGUCACCUGAAAACACAGGAUCUGCCUGACAGUCACAAGCCUGGUGUAUGGGAUGGGGGGGGACUUGGACAGCAUCGCGGUUAGAGACAGGCUCACCUAUUUUGAUGGAUGUUUUUUGAAGUAGUUAACUACUCUCCAGCACAAAUUCCCAUUUCCCAGAAAAGACUUCAAACUGGUAUCUGGAGAACCUAAGCCCUUUAAAAGGAUUUUAGCUGAUCUGCAGGCAUCUGGAUGUUAGCCUAGGGUUUUGGCUAGGCGCCACCUCUCUAAAUGAUGAUGUCUGCUUCACUGGAACAUUCCUAUGGUUUCUAGCAGUGAUGAAAUGUUGUGUACCACUCCAGUGGGAACUUAAACUCUUAAUAGUUGUGUUGUAAUUGAAAAAUAGUUAUAAAGCCAGAAGUCAGUGAGGCUCCUUACCUCUAGAGAGACAGUUUCAUUUAUGUUAUCUAGCUUCCUCAGAUCCUUUGUUUAAACCAGUAGCAUAUAAAUUAUGAAUAGAGAAAUAAAAAUGGGGCCAUUUUAUUGUUGGGUUAGGAUGGCAACUCUCAAUUUGUUUUCUACUAGUUUUCCAGUCCUUGUUCUCUGGAUUUCACUCUAUACUCUUGGCUGACUCACUGACCAAACACUAAUAAAAUUAAACUUGUAGCGAA